AUGGAGUUUAAAGGUACGACAGACCCGAUCGCUGCAGAAGGAUGGAUUCGGUCUCUAGAGAUAAUAUUUGAUUUCAUGCAGCUCACAGAUGCGGACAAGGUCAGGUGCACGAUAUUCAUGCUCCGGGAUGAUGCUCGAGUAUGGUGGGAGGGUGCGCGACUGACCGUAGAUCUGGCUACUUUGACUUGGGCUGAAUUUAAGGAGGCAUUCUAUGCGAAGUAUUUCACAGUUGACCACAAGACACGACUGGCACGGGAUUUCUUGGAGCUUCGUCAAGGAGAUCUGACGGUGGCGGAGUACGUCAGGAGGUUUGAGAGAGGAUGCUAUUUCGUACCUAUGAUUACCAGCCAACCAGGCGAGGAACUGAAGCACUUCACAGAGGGAUUGAGGCCGGCUAUUUGCCAUGAUGUCAGGCUGAGUCGGGUCACCACAUUCAGAGAGGCAGUUGACCAGUCACUAAUGUCCGAAAGAGACAGAAAUAAAAUGGUCAAGGAAGCGCAGAACAAGAAAUUGAGCUAUAAGGGACGGGAUCAACAGGAGCCGGGAAAGAAGAAGUCAAUUCCUGGUCAGUAUCCAGGAAAGUAG